AUGGUGUGGGAUACUUGUACUAUUGUUUUGCAUGGGGGUUCGAAUGGAGUUUAUUUUACAAAUGAUAUAAUUACUGGAUCAGUGGUUUUAGAGUUAAAGCAAAAGCGCAAAGUAGAACAAAUGUAUUUGAAAGUUACCGGAAUAACGAAAGCAAUGUGGUCAAGGCCCUCACCUACAUUGCCAUAUAUAAAAAUAUAUUCGCAACAAAAAAAAGUUCUUGAUAUUUCCAUGGAUGUGUUUAAAGAGUUACAAGCUCAAACUGUUAAACCUGGGAUAAUGAGUUGCCAAUUUGACUUUAUGCUACCAGCUGAUUUACCACCUACUUACAAGGACUCUGUUGCAAAAGUAUAUUAUCGAAUAAUAAUGACUAGUAAGAAUGCAUUUAAAAUAAAAUCAAAGCAUGUUAUUCCGUUCAUUGUAAUGAAUAGUCUUAAUAUAAAUCACAUAAGGGAAUAUAAGAUACCUAUGGUUUAUGAGUUACAAAAAACGUUUGGUAAUUCUGCAAAAUUUUUGCUAACAUUGAAAACGUACAGAGGAUUUGCAUCCACGCAAGAAAUACCAUUUGAAGCUAUUCUAACGAAUGAAAAUAAGAUAAAAGUUAAUAAAAUAAGCGUAGCUUUAAUUCAAAAAGUAGAUUACAACGUGAGUUCUGGAUAUUACAGUAGUGAAAAGACUGUCUGUAAAACAGAAUAUAUUGAAAUAUUGAAUCUUGCAAAACAAAUAUGUAUGUUUAGUCUGGAAGUUCCGUUAGUUAUCCCUUCAACGAUUAAUCAGAGGGAUCCCAUGGUUGAUAUUUCGUAUGCAUUGCAAGUGAAGGUUAACUUUCUGUUUCAUCUGCCCCUGUAUACCGAUAUACCAGUAGCAGUUGCAUCGGUUCCAGUAUCCCAUGAUAUUUUUUACAAAUAA